AUUGUGCAGUGGAAUGAGAACGCUAGGAUUACACUAACACUGUUUUAUCAGGAGGACGGAGACACUACCUUAGACGGGGUGAGCUGUUUACUACACCAACAGGAAAUACCUUUGAGCUUUUCUGCACCGGGCUGUUUUUUGUGUGGGCCUCAGGCAUGGCACCAGACGUGGAGCGGAUCAUCCAGAGCAUUGGCCUUGGAGACCAGGAUGCCGUCCAGCUGCUACUGGACAGCUACAAUACUCAGAAUGCAGAGUGCUACUUUUUCAACACUGAGGCACAGGACAGAAAAAAGCAACAACGAAUGGAAGAGUUCAGAACGAACAAAAUAAGGGAGUGUGCUCCUAACUCUGAAUCGGACAGUGAGUCGGACGACGAGAGACCGGAUCUUCUUCUCAGAGAGGAUCUGGCUGCAGCCCUGCUCUGCUUUGUAAGAGGCCAGCUGCAGCCUGCAGUGUUACGGGCUUGUCUGCAUACUCUGAGAAUCCUCUCCCGUGACCGCAGAGCCCUGGGACCGAUGAUCACUGAUAGUGCCCUUUUCACCCUGACACAUCUGGGAGGCAUUGAUCUUCUGCAGCCCUGCCAGCAGCAGGACAAGAGACAAAAUGAAGCUCAGUGGGACAGAACAGAAACACACAUCCACAGAAAAGCAGCGAGUGGCUGUCAGGGAGCUGCAGAUGCUGAUGUGGGGUGUGCGAUUUCAAUUUGUGUUCCCACCAAAGAAGCUGGUGAUGCUACCCCAAAUGGCUCUGAUCGUCGCUGCUAUGAGCGGAGAGGCAAUGAAGGGCACCUUUCGCUUGCACCCGGGAAGAAAGAUGCCCGGGAAGAAGACAGUGAGGAAGAUAGGAAAGAGGAAGAUGGGGAGGUGUGCAGGAUGGAGGCCAUGAAAGUCUUAUGUAAUAUAAUUUACAACAGCCCCCGAGCACAGGAAAGAGCCAGCGCACUGAGGCUUCUGCAGGGAUUAUGGGAGAGUCUGAAGCAGGGGAUGUGGAGUAUGGCGCCACCCACUGGCCAGUUUUACAAGCUGAGGCUGCUCUUCUUACUAACAGCCCUGAGGCCUGAGCUCAGGCUGCAGCUGCAGCAGGAGCGCGGGGUGUUGAUUCUAACCCAAGCCUUGGAGCGGUGCCUGGCCUUGAGUUGGGCCGAAGGACAUCAGCUGAUCACUGACGGCACAGCCACUCCCGUCUCCAAGGAGGUGUCCCAGGAUGUCAUCGAGAUCCUCAAGACAAUCUUCAACAUCGCUCACAGGUUCUACAGGCAGGAGCCCGAUGAGGAGGAGGCCACUCUGUACCGCCACCUAGCGGCUGUCUUACGUCACUGUCUCUUGCUGCCGUGUGAUGGAGCAGACACGGAGGAACUACAAGGACAUUCAGUGAACAUCUUGUCAGCCUUGCCCCUGACCUGUCUGGACGUCCUGCUGGCUGUCCCUGUGGAACAGGCAUCUCAUAAGUAUGAAGGCGUCAACAUGGACUGUGUCCACGCAUUGCUGCUGUUCAUGGACAGACGACUGGACAGGGGUCUGAAGCUGAAAGAGAAGCUAACUCCUGUUCUAAGUUUACUGACAGAGAGUUGUCGAGUUCACAGAGAAACACGUUGCUACUUACGACAAAAGAUCUUACCUCCUCUGAGGGAUGUUGCAGUUCGACCUGAGCAGGACAGCUCGCUCAGAGGCCAGCUGGUCCGCCUGAUGACCCACGUUGACACUGAUGUGAAGGACUGUGCUGCCGAGUUGCUUUUUGUGCUCUGCAAAGAAAAUGUCAGCCGCUUUGUUAAAUACACUGGUUAUGGCAACGCUGCAGGGCUGCUGGCAGCUCGGGGUCUGCUGAAUGGCAGGAGGAACUCCGGUGACAGCCAGUUUGCCUCCCACUACUCCAGCGACUCAGACUCAGACACCGAGGAGUACCGGGAGGCCAAAUCCAAGAUCAACCUGGUGACAGGCCGGGUGGAGGCAGAGCAGCCCGAUCCAAUGGAAGGCCUGACGGAGGAAGAGAAGGAAGAGGAAGCCCAUCGUCUCAUCUGCAUGAUCAAUAGACUAUCACGAGACCAAAUCAUUCAGCCGAUGGGUGUAACAACAGAUGGCAGACUGGCUCCGUUUUGGAGCCAGAUGAGGGGCUGCACGGAGGAGGAGGAGGAGGAGGAGGAGGAGGAGGAGGAGGAAGAGGAGUUGGAGGAACAGGAGGAGGAGGAGGAGGAGGAUUUGAAUUUGAUGCCACCAGGGUUGAAAGACAAAACAAUCAAAUAGCAAAGUAUUUUUCCUUCUACGCUGACACCGAAAUGACCAAGAGGAGCACCUGCAACAAUGAGAGAACUGUUAUUUUAAUUAUUAUUUAAUGCUUUGGCAUGCUGUUACUUCUGCUCAGGUUAUAUUAAUUUUUAUUCGUACAAUUAAAAUCUGAGCGAUCACUCUUUUGCUACUUCAACAGCAAAUCAAAAACAGGAUAGUUUGUCGAUUAGUGAUGUCAGAAGGAAUAAUGAGUAGAAAUGAGAGACAGCUUUAGAUGUAAAAUUGAAGCACUAUAUUUUCAGAUGAAUUUAUGUUUUGUCUGUUUGCAUUCAAACCUUUGGGCACUUUAGGAAUGCCUUGUGUUUCUGAACAAAUUUUUCCCCAGCAGAGAAAUAGAAAUAAAGCUCUUUUAAACUGUU